CGACGUCCCGAAGGAAUAUGCGCGUUGCUCUCGAUUCCGGAGCGUAUUCGAACCAAUCGGCGUCGAUGCGCGUAACGCGAAUAAAAAAUUGGAGAAAUUAAGAGUACGCUUUACCAUGUAAGGAAGAACCGUGCGAAAUUAUAGAAUCGAGGGUCUUGGAGAAUAAUGUUAAAAUAAUACAAUAUCGGAAAAAGAAGGAUUUAAAGAGUUGUACAGUAUCGAAUCAUGUAUGUACGAAGAUAAUGUUUGAAGGUUAGAAAUCUUUCUGACAAAUACUUGUUUAUUAAAUGGAUUCUGUAACGCUUUUGCCGUUAAGGCCCUCUUCGAAAAGUCUAUACACGAUGAUCAGGAAAAAGUUGCAUGUAAAAUUAAAUAUUCCAACAUUGUUGAUAAUAAUAACAAUCGUUUUCUUGUGCGUACAUUAUUUAUCUGCUACAAAGUGUUUACAGAAUGACAGAGAAGUUAAGAAUAAAGGAAAAUUUAGGCUCAUGAUACUUAUAUUGUCUAGCCCCGAUAACUUGGAGCAAAGAGCAACUAUCAGAAAAACUUGGCUAGCACAGAAGCAAGCUACGGUGAAGCAUUUUUUCGUAAUAGGAACAUUAGACUUAUUGUCGGAGCAAAGGGAAACUUUACAAUCGGAAAAACAAAAGUUCAACGACCUAUUGUUGUUAUCCAGGAUACCGGACUCUUACGGAACUUUAACGAAAAAAGUUUUGUACGCGCUGAAGGAAGUUUACAAAUAUUAUGAUUUUAAUUUUCUGUUCAAAUGCGACGACGACACGUUCGUUUUGGUACAUAAACUCUUAAAAGAACUAGAUAAAUGGGAGAACAAAGGAACGAAGAAAGAGUUAUACUGGGGUUUUUUCAACGGAAAGGCACAAGUCAAACGAAGCGGGCCUUGGAAAGAAACUGAUUGGAUACUAUGCGAUUAUUAUCUUCCUUACGCGUUAGGAGGUGGAUACGCAUUGUCCUACAAUUUAGUGAAAUUUAUCGCUUCGAACGUGGAUAUUCUCAAAUUGUAUAAAGCGGAAGACGUAUCCGUAGGUCUUUGGUUAGCACCUUUAGCAAACAUCGAAAGAAGACACGACGUGCGUUUCGAUACCGAAUACAGAUCACGAGGAUGCUCGAAUCAAUAUAUAGUAACGCACAAACAAACGAUCGAAAAUAUGAAAAACAUGCACGAAUAUUAUCAAGCUUCUGGAGCGUUAUGCGCGAAAGAAAUCAGAAAUCGAAUGAGUUAUCAGUACAAUUGGACCGUUCCACCGAGUCAAUGUUGUUAUUUGCAAUCCGGCAUUCCUUAGUAAACGAAUAUUUCCUUAUUUCUAGUCGUUUCUCGAUAAACUAUUGUACCUGUUUAUCACAUGUAUAUAUAUAUAAGAAUUUUUUUUUUUCAUUGCCUGUAAAUACCGUGUUAUUAGAAAGAAGAAAUAUAAAAAAAUUUUCAUAAAUUA